AUGGAUUCUAACUUGCAUGUUGUUGAGUUGUGUGGCACGGGUAUUGUGGUGGCAGCAGGAAUCGCGUGCAAUGUUUUCAAUCUGGCCGUGACUGUCGCACACCAGCUAAAGGUGGGAAUUUUUCAGACCGUGGGCCUCAUCAUCUUCUGCAUCUCCCUCAGCAACGUGCUUCUGGAGAUCUCCAUGUUUGGUAUGGUGGUCAUGCUGUGGUUGACGACGCCUUGCUGGACAGGGGAAUUGCUGCUUCUCAAAGUCGCCAUCGCCACCUGGAUACAGAGCAGCAGCAUGAGCUUCUGGUCCAUCGCCUGGCUGAGCGUGUUCUACUGCGUGAAGGUUGUCCGAGUCUCCGGCACUCUCCUCGUCAAACUCAAGAGGAACAUCUCCUCGCUCAUCAACGCGGCCCUCAUGCUGACCCCUCUGUGCUCAUUCCUGAUGUCCGCCCCCUUGCUCCUCCUUCAGGCACCGCCAUUCAACGGCACGGCCGCUCAAGAGAACAAAAACUCCACCUGCCUCAUUAGAAGACCCGUCUUUCCCUCCUGGGUUGAGGAAGACGUCUACGUCCUUUGCCUGUUGUGCUUUCUGUGCCCUGUCCCUCUCAUGGUCAUGCUGCCAACCUCCCUCAGGCUGGUGGUCCAUCUGUGCCAGCACACCCAGGCCAUGAGGAGGAACGAGACCGGAUUCCAGAGCGCCGACUCCUACCUGCUGGUGUGCAAGCUGACCGUGUCCCUGGUGGCAGUCUACAAGACCACGCUGGCCAUCUUCUCCUUUUUCUUCAUCGACCAAAUGUUCACGAGAUACCUCCAGUACAAUUUCAUUUCACUGAGUUGCUCUUUCUAUUGCAUAGUGACAGGAAUUCUUUUGACAGUGUCCAACAGGUAUCUGAAAGAGAAGCUCCAGGUUCUGUUCUGCUGGAGAAACCCCCCCAAAGCUGUUCCCUCCACCCAGAGUGGGGACACAGGACUGGUCUGA